AUGAGUCUCAUCAUAAAUGAGCGAUCGCAACCAACCACAAACGAGCUCAUCAUCAUGAUGGGCAAACCCCGCAAAGAGUUGGAAGAGAAGUUGCGGUCACAGACCAAGCUUGCUGCGGCACAAGAGCUGAGGCGCUCCGACCGCGACAACCUGAGGACAGCGCAGCAGGCUGCUAAACGCGACAUCAAAGCGGCCGAGCGGAUGGCCGACGAGGUAAAACACGCAGCUCGAGCUGAUUUUGAGAGGUGUAUCGGCGAGAUGCGUGCCAAGAUGCAGGCUGAGCGGCUGCGCGAGCAGCUCGACGCGCUGCAGAUUUCGAUGGAGGCAGAGGCGAGGCGCGCUGAUGCCGCAGCGAGGCGGAGAGGUCAAGGCGAGCUGCACAACAAGAUGGAGGGGAUUAUGCAUAUUUUCCUCUACUUAUAUACAUAUUUUGGGCCAAUAUAG